AUGGCCGCCAUCAACAUCAAGCUCGCCGUGGACAGAUCCUGCAACCGUGUGUUGUUCGCCGACGCCGGCUCCGACUUUGUCAACGUACUCCUCUCCUUCCUCACUCUGCCGCUCUCCGCCCUCCAGUGCUGCGCCUCAGGAGCGCCAUCGCCGGGUUGCCUCUCCAACCUCUGCGACAGCGUCGAGCGUAACAGUAGGCUGCUGAAGGUUGAGGCCUGCCAUGGCAUGCUUCUCACGCCUGCUCACACCGAUGAGUUCCGGUGGUGCAAGUCCACUCACAUCCCUCCCGGAGGGGCCAGGCUCGGCUCGUCAUCUCACAGUUCCUGCAAGUGUUGGCUAAUCAUGGCUAGAGUUUUGCAUGUCUUCGAGCAAGUGGGCAGGAUAGGCACGAGUACAGACUUUGUAGAUGACAAACAACGUUUUGUGAUCAGUGAUGACAUGAGAAUCAAGCCAGCAUCCACCAGCAGCAUGCAGUCCCUGCCGCAGGCGUUUGGUUCUGAUGGGACCGUCCAUAACUUUGAGGUGGUCGAACAGUUGGUUGGAUGGGAGCAGGUUUUGUCCAUGCUGAAGGCCUCUCCUUCAUCAAAUACAGUACUCACUGAUGCAUUUCUUGCAAAUGGAACCGAUGACAUGGCUGCCCGUGCUACCGUGAAAGUGAAGCCGAGUAUCAAUCACAAAAUUCUACCGUCCGAUCAGGAUGCUGCAGGUCUCUUUUCACAAGAAAGUAAGAUCAAGGUCUUCUUCGACACCCGUGAGAAGAAGGUCAUGUAUGCGGAAUGCAACCAUGAGUUCAUCGACCUGCUCCUUGGAUUCUUGACUUACCCUAUCAGCUGUGUGAUCAAAACCACGGGGCCUGGCGCUUGCCAUCUUGGAAGGUGGUCCGACAAUCUCUAUGGAAGCGUCACCGAUCUCCUCAAUGCUAAGUGCUUCACGAGAUGCCUCGCCCCUAUGAUGUUACUGGAUCCAAGCGCUAUGCCGUUUAUCGCUUUGAGCAACAUGACGUGCCAUGCGGCCCUUAACUGCGGCUGCCCCAAGGAUGAUAUAUUACCGUACUGCUUCCGUCGUGAGCUUGUUGAGAGCGGGAGGUAUGUAGUGGAUGAUGAUCUACUUGUACAUCAGGGCUCUGCCAUGUCUGUGAUGAAGCAUUGGUGUGGGAGAAACAAGGUUAUGGUACUGGAAAUGGACAUUACCAUCGGGAAGCCGGAGGCCCUUGCGCUGCUGAGAGCGAUGCUUACUUCGAAGGCGCUACACAAAACCACACUCGUGCUCACCGACGUAUUCAUCGACAGGCUGGAGGAACAUUUCUCCCAGAAGAAGAUACAGAUAUUCGCUAAGAUCGCCAAGGGUAAGACCAUAACCGUGGAGGUUGCGAGAGCCGACACCAUUGCCACUGUCAAGAGCAGGAUCAAGGAUAAGGUAUCCAUUCCAGCAGGAUGUCGUCAUGAGUUGGUCUACGGUAGCAGAUAUCUGAAAGAGUCGUGCACCGUUGCCGAAUGCAACCUCGUCAGAGAAUGUACCGUCACCUGCGAAUUCUACAAGAAGUGA